AUGGCGCCCACCCCACCACAACCUCUCCCCUUGGUUCCAAGGUUGGAUGAGAUCGUUCCCAUAGCAGAAGAGGCUAUAUCCCAAAUCCGGCGGACCAGAAAACAGAUCUUGGAAACCGUUACGCCAGAUACUGCAACCUUUUCUAACACUAUUCAGCCGCGCGCGGAACUUCGGAAUACAAUUCAGGCCAAGUUUGGCAUGAUAUGGGUCCUCGGAUACGCAUCUCCAGAUAGAGAAGUACAUAACGAAGUUGACAAGGUGCGAGAGUUGAUGAGGAAGGCGAACGCAGAGUGGAUGUCCGAAACCUCAUGGUUCAAACUAGUCAAGGCCGUCGCGGACAAGGACGAACCUCUCCACCCCGAAGAUAAACUCUGGCUGAGAGAUGAACUGUUAAACUACACUCGCUGUGGGCAUGGGAUCCUCUCCCAGGAGCAGAUCGAGAAGUACCUUAAAGGUCGAAACGAAAUUGAUGCGAUGCGAACACAGUUCGCUCAGAACCUGAGGACUGAGAACGGUGGUAUAUGGUUCAGCCUCGAGGAUCUAGAUGGUAUUCCAGCCACAUACCUAGAUUCGUGGAAGAGCAGCGAAGCAGAUCCGGACAAGAAAUUCGUCCAUUUUACAAAUGGUGGCACCAAGACUGUCAUAACCUACGCGAAUAAAGGUGAGACUCGGAAGCAGAUGUACCUUGCCAACGACAAGAAGGUCCCAGGCAACGUCCCGCUCUUCCAAGACAUCAUAAUGCGACGUGAUAUCCAAGCUCGGAUGCUAGGUUAUGCUAGCCACGGUGCCUUUCGAGUCGAACGGCGAGCGGCAAAGUCUAUCGAAUGGGUUAGUGAGUUCUUAGGUAAACUCCGGAACGACCUCGUUCCUCAUGGUAGCGAAGAGCUGCGCCUUCUGAGGGAUCGGCGAAAGAAGCACCUUCAAGACCAAGGAAUAGACCUCGAGUGCGAUGGCUUAUCCCCUCCAUGGGAUCAGAAGUACUACCAGCGCUUAGCCGAGGAGGAGCUCAACAUCGACCGUGCCAAGAUUUCCGAGUUCUUUCCACUCGAGUAUACGGCUCCAGCAAUGCUAGACGUUUUUGCGGAGUUCCUUAACCUCCAGUUCUCUCCUGUGCCGCAGGGCGACCUCGAAAGCACGCUAGUCUGGCAUGAAAGCGUACGGGUUUGGUCUGUCUGGGAGGGGAGGAAUGGGGAGACUAGCUUUGUCGGCUACCUCUACUUCGAUCUCAUCUGGCCUCCUCCAGCGGGCAGAGCUAUACUACUUAAACACGAGGAAGUUGUCACUCUAUUUCACGAUUGGGAAGAGCUCGGGCAUGGUAUUCACAACCUGUUGUCAAGGACAACGCACGCACAAUAUCAUGGAACGAACCUGCCACCCGACUUUGGAGAAAUGCCAAGCGUUAUGCUUGAGAAUUGGUGCUGGAUGAAGGAUGUGCUUAAAAAGCUGGGCUGCCAUUUCUCCAAGUUAAGCCCUCAAUAUAGAGAGCAAUGGCAUGAGAAGCAUUUAAGUGACGCCGAACCACCCACGCAGGUUCCCGACGAGUUGCUGGAUAGUCUAAUCAAAGGACGCAAACUCAACCUGACCAUGUGGUAUCUCCACCAACUGGCUGUUUCAAUAUUCGAGAUAACCGUCCACAGUCCCAAGACUCACGAGGAGAUCCAGGGCCUCGAUGCUCAAAAGCUCUGGUAUGAUCUGAGGGAGCAGAUCGAAGGACUUGAUAUGAGCGAGGCUAGAUUAGAGGGCCAUGACCACGUUACCUUUGGCCAUCUCUUAGCCGGAUAUGAUGCAGGGUAUUAUGGGUAUUUGACUGCACAUGCUUGGGCGUUGGACGUUUUUCGGUCUGUGUUUGCUAAAGACCCUCACGACCAGGAGGCCUGGGAGAAAUAUCGUCGGGGCAUUCUCGAGCAUGGAGGGUCUUACGGCGACGAGGUCAAGAUGCUAGAUGACUUCCUUGGUCGACCGUCAAACUCGGAUGCCCUUGUUGAGUAUCUCAGUGGCAGUUCAUAA